CGUCUACACCGUGAUAGCAGCUAUUUUAGCCAUCCUAUUUAUCGCAACUUGUGUCACGGCAUCCAUGUAUGCCACCAUCUCCAGCGGAUGGUCAUUAGCGUUAUUUUUACUUUGUGCCAUUGUAUUCGUUGGGAUAUCUAUUCUCUUUUUAUUUCUUCGCAAAAAAAUUAACAUUGCAUGCGAAGUGAUCGUGGAAGCCAGCAAGUGCGUCAUGUUCUUCCCGAGCACACUAUUAUUUCCACUGCUGCCGUGCUUUAUUUGUCUGAUUGUUACAGUUUUUUCAGGAACUGUAGGUAUCGCUUUGUACGUUAUUGCUGUAAAGUUUGAUGGACCACUUCAUGUCAAACUAUUUCACAUUUUUAAUUCCUUCGGAUAUUUGUGGGUAGCAAGUUUUAUUGGGAGUCUUUCUCAGUUUAUUUUAUCCGGAACAUUUGCGACCUGGUUUUGGACACAUAAUAAAAAUAAUGUACCAAAGGAUACUCUUGUGCGUUGCACGAAAAUAACGUUCAAUCACCAUCUCGGCACAAUAGCAUUUGGAUCAUUGAUUUUAGCUGUGUGUCAGUUCAUUAAAGCUCUACUAAAUUUCAUUAAAAAGCGAUUGGAAGGAAAGUGUAAUCCGCUGGCUUGCUUGUGCUGCGGGUGCUAUACCCGUUUAUUUGGAAGGUUGGAAAAAAUUGUGAGAUACAUCAAUCGCAACGCUUACAUAAUGUGCGCUGUUCAUGGAAAAAAUUUUUUGGAAUCCGCGAAAGACGCCUUUAAUCUACUCAUGAGGAACGUAGUUAAAGUUUUCAUUAUAAACAAUGUGACGGAUGUUAUUCUGUUUCUUGGACAAGUAUUUGCAACUACCCUUUCGGUAUUGGGAGCUUAUAAAUAUUGUACAGCUGAAAAUAUGCCCCAGCAAGCAACAUCUUUUGUGUUAAUAGCGGUACUCAUUAUUUCCCUGAUGACAACAACGUUUAUUUCAACUGCACUUAGAAUAGCCAUUGAUACCAUCUUUUUGUGUGUUUUGGAGGACUAUGAGAGAAACGAUGGAUCAGAACGACAGCCUUAUUAUAUGAGUUUCAAACUAAAAACUUUAUUUUUAGAAGAGUAA